GACAAGUAUAGCCCAUUCCAGUGCACUGCAGGGUUUCGAAAUCCUGCAACCAUGUCCAAGUCUCCUGAUCCCCCCACAGCUGCAGACUUCAGACAGCUGAGGAGGAUCAUCGCCGAAGAUGCUCACUGGUUCCUGAACACAGUACCUUUUUUAUCCAACCUCUGUCUGCAAUCUAUUGUGAGGAACUUUGAGGAAAAGCCCAUAUGGGAAGCCCUUUCCCCCAUCCAGAAAGACUUUGUGCAGGAAACACUGUCCACCUCCGUGCCCCUUCAUGUGACAGCCAACCUGAUCAUUGAUGGUGUGUAUUGGAAGCGGUGCUGCGAGGCGCAGGGGGGCCUUUAUGACUUAACUCAUUAUGGCAACAGCUGGAAACAAAUGUUCUUUGAGAGGCAAAUGGAGAACAUGAUUGAGCAUUUUAUCCCAGACGUAACAGAGACAAAAAAGGUAGUAGAAAUGGUUCCUCUUUGUAAGAACUACAUCAAGAGGCUAAACAUCUCCCAGCUCCUGCCGCCUAUCAAGGAGCAGCAGAAGGAAGAGGAGGAAUAUGGCUCCGAGUUGGCAAGUGAAGAUGAGUACAACGGACCGUCUAUGGACCACUUUGAUUUUAACAUCCUGCUCGACAAGCUGCCAAACCUGGAAGAGCUCCAUUUGGUGUACAGGGUCAAACAAUGUGGUCUGAACUUUGAGUCGAAGAUGUUUGAGAUGACCGACAGAGAUUGUGAGUCCCUCGCCAAAGCUGUCAAGUCCUGUAAGACUUUAAAGCUCCUAAGGCUCCAUCUAAGCCACAUGGAGGAUAAGAAGUGCCGUCUGCUGGUGAAAUACCUUCUGGACCACCCGUCCCUGAGGGAACUCGACUUCUCUCACAACCUGAUCGGAGACAAAGGAGCCAGGGCCAUCGGAAAGCUGCUCACCAUGAGCAACCUGGAGACCCUGAACCUGUGCGACAACAAUAUUGGAGGCCCCGGGGCCAAAGCUAUAGCUCAUGCCUUGUCCGUGAACUCUACCCUGUUGUCGCUCAACCUGCGUCUCAACCGUUUGAGAGAUGAGGGGGGGCAGGCGAUGGGCAAGGCCUUGCUGAGCAACAACACCCUGCUUCACCUGCACCUGGGGGGCAACGAGCUGACAAGGCCAACUGCCAUCGUACUGUCAAAAGUGCUGGAUCAGAGAAGCACCCUGAAGAGCCUCAAUCUCUCCUGCAAUAACCUGGGAGUGGAUGGAGGUAAAGCUCUGGAGGAGGCCAUGUCCAACAACACCAGCCUGACAGAGUGUGACAUCCGUCUGACGGAGGUCGACGAGAAGAGCGCCUCCUUCAUCGACCAGGUGGUGUGGACCAACCAGUGUUUAGAAAAAAAGAGACAUGCUCGGGAAAGUAAAGCCAAAAAAACAUCAACAGCUUGUUUUUAAAUUACAAAUCUUUAGUAGUAUUUAAUUCCUGUUGUCCAGUAUUCAUUAAGCCACUGAUAUCUAUCUACCUUUGGAUACUCAACGUUGUCAGCUUUUCUUUGA